GAACCUCUCCGCACGCUGCUGGGCAGUGUGUCAGCCUCCGCAAUCAUCCCUCUGUCGCGCCGGGCAGGAUGUGGGCGAAGCACAGCAGCCCUAUGAUGAUCCGGCGUGCAAAGCGCGCGGCGAUUUUCGCCUCUCCCUUUGUCGCUGUGGGCUUGUGGGCCGGCUACGUGCUCAAGGAGAGGCGGAAGGCGCCGGCUGAGGUUCGCUUUUCGAUAGGCUCUGCAGAUGACGUGCUGACGGAGCAGCUCAAGACUGGGGACGUCCUGCUCUUCAGCCGAAGGUGGACACAGAUGCUGCCCGCAGGGGCGGCGUUGAGCGUGAUGAAGCGUAGCGUGUUCGAUUCUCGCUUCGACCACGCUGGGGUGGUGGUGGCGGAUCGAUUCGGGACGCCGCACGUCGCAGAGGUGACCUAUACGGGGAUCAAGCUCCGGCGGUUUGAUGAGCGGAUACUACGAUCAAAGUGCAACGAGAUCAUGUUGAUCCCCGUCAACUUCAAGUGCAGCGAGGAGACUCGAGCCAAGGUGGAACGACACGUUAAGGGGCUCACGUACAGAGAGCCGAUCGCGAACACGCUCUGGAUAGACCUUCUCGGCGCUCUAAAGCUCAAGACCACCAAGCCGGGGGAGUGGGGCAAACCCCCCAAGUACGUCACGGAGCCCCCGAUCAUCGGCAAGAUCGUGCCCGCGAGCCCCGCCGUCCAGCUGGUGAUGUCGUGUCUGGACAUGGCGGGAGCGGCGGACGGGGCGGCGGUGGCAGAGUGGAAGUACCCCCUCGCCAUAACGCCCAAAGACUUGGAGAACUGCGAGGUGCCUCUGAAGGAGGGGGCCAACUUUGGGGAGCCCCACACCGUUCGUGUUAGGCAAUAGUACGUACAGUAGUAGGUCGUGUCGUUCGCCGUCGUUGUGAUACGUAGACCCCGUUCUCCGGAUGGGAGCGGGCGUCGCAGACUCCGCAGGCCGGCGGGGCGGUGUAUGUUGUUGCCCCUUGUCGGGGAAAGUUGCGGCAGCGUGCGGGUUCGAGGGCAUUUCUCCUUGUAAUGAUGUGUCGUUGGAGUUUUGGAGUCCGUCGGUUUACUCGCUAUCUUGACAUGCCUUGGCGCAGUGGCCUCGACAGAUGUACUUGCUACGAUGCGCCGGCGCAGCGUGGGUCCACGGGCGUGGACGUGCGUAUAUACUUGAGUCU